GGCCCCCGCCAGCAGUCUCGCUAGAGCGCUAUCCACUGUUCAACGUCAUUAUCGAACGCAAUGGAUUCCAAUUCGGAUUCCGGCGAUACGUUCUUCAAACUGGAGACGGAUUCAGAUAAUGAGAGUUACACGAACUCGAAGGUGGAGCCGCGUUUGCAAUGGAGUUCAGAGAACACUGUGAAGUUGAUUGAUACUAUGGAAAGGGAUUGUAAAGAGUUGUGGGACGCGAGGCACCCUAUGAAUAAGGAUAGAGCGGCGCGGCAGGCGAAGCUGCAGUACUUAGCGCUUAUGUUUGGAACGACGGUCGAAGAGAUAAGUAGGAAGAUACACAACUUGAGGACCCAGUUUAACAACGAGUUGCGGAAGAUUAAGCGGCGGCAGUGCGGCGAGGAGCGAGGGGCGGCGGCGAGUGGGUGGGAGUACUUCGAUGCCCUCUGCUUUUUGCGUUCACCCCCCAACCCCCUCGAUGUGGAUGGAGUCAAUCUAGCGCUGGCAGAAUUCCAAGCUGAAGAAGAGAUGGAAUUCGGUGCCGCACUCCGAGCCAAUUCCAUCAAGACCUCAAGCCCCACAGAGGCCCCCAAGCCCACCAGGGUGGCGGCGUCAGCCCCCCCACCCCUGCCGCCCAGCGCCAACCCCCUUAUGUGGCCGGAGGAGCCGGCGCCCAGGCUGCGACCAGGGAUGGGGGCUGAUGAAUGUCAGAUUUUCGGCGACUUCGUAGCCUCUGAACUGCGCACGCUUCGCUCAGACGAUGCGCGCAAGAAACUCAAGCGCAUCAUACAGAAGGCUAUCCUUCAGAUCGGUGAAGAAGAGGACGGAAACGGCCCCUAGCGCUGUUCGUCUCGCUCGCCCUCGCCCGAUAUGAACGCGUAGCGAACGAG